AAUUUAGGCCGCGACACUUGCUCGCUUUAAUUUAACAACAAAACGAGACACAAAACGACUCAAUAUAACACUGUGGACCCCAAUGCACUACUACGGUGAAAUUUUGGGACCGUAUAGUGGGGGGAAAAAAGAUAGCGUUAUAGCACCGCUUCCAGCUGCUCAGCCCCGACGUCGACUACUGUGCGUGACCGCCUUAUGAGCACUGAGUUCUGGGGAGACUCGCUGUCAUGAACCGAACUGUUACAGUGGAGCACUACAAGGCGGCAAUGUUACUAAGCGGUGUAGGUGACGCUCUUGGCUACAGAAACCAGAAGUGGGAGUACAAUGAGUCCGGACCAGACAUUCACAAGGAGCUGGAGGAGCUUGGCGGUCUGAAGAACAUCAAGGUGGAGCUCCCAGAUUGGCCCGUGAGCGAUGACACCGUCCUGCAUCUAGCCACAGCAGAGGGACUUGCCACAGGCAAAAAGGGAGAGGAGCUUCUUCACGAGGUGGCUGCUCGUUAUGUGGAGGCCAUGAAAGACAUGGAAGGGAGGAAACCAGGACCCUCAAGCAUUCUAGGGGUGUCGCAAUUGAGACCCGGGGAGGAAGAAGGCUUCAGAGUUCCUUACAAUCCGGAUGCGACCGGCUGCGGCGCCGCCAUGAGAUCCAUGUGCAUCGGGCUGAGAUACCCCAAACCUGAUCAGCUAUUAUCCCUGGUGGCAGUCGCCGUGGAGACAGGCAGAAUGACCCAUCCCCACCCAACGGGUUUCCUAGGGGCGGUGGCGUCGGCCCUGUUUGUCGCGUACGCUGCUCAACGGAGGCCCGUCACCACGUGGGGCGUGGGCUUGCUUAACGAGGCGUGCCCCGUGGCCAGGAAUUUCGUGCAGGGGCGGGGCUUCGCUGUGGAGGAGACAGAGCGAGACUGGAGCUACUUUUGCGAUAAGUGGCAGUGGUACCUGGAUUUGAGGGGCAUUUCAAACGGGGUGGGUCCCGCCAAUUGGCCUGAAUCUUACGGGCCUGCCGAGAGAGAUCAAUCGUACAAGAGCUUCAGCCUGGCAGGUUGGGCCGGGAGGAGCGGUCACGACGCGCCCAUGAUCGCGUUGGACGCGCUACUGUCGGCCGGCGCCAACUGGGAGGACCUCAUGAGUAGGGCGGCCUUCCACGGAGGUGACAGUGACAGCACGGCAGUCAUCGCCUGCUGCUGCUGGGGUCUCCUCCACGGCACCCGGAGCGUCCCCUUAGGAAACUACGAGCGCCUGGAGUACCGCCAGCGACUGGAGCGCAGCGGUGAGCUGCUCUACGCGUUGGCGCACUGAUGGACUGGAAAGUAGGCCACGUAUUGACGCAGGAGCAAGAGAGUCAGUUGUCGUUUGGUGUCGCGCUGGUCCCUGAGGGGACCGCUCGUCCCACUGACCCACAGACGAGUCACAACAAGGACGCCAGUGUCACAUGAUGUUGAUUCGGAGUUGGUGUUUCAGGGGCUCCACCUUGUGGAAGUUUUAGUUAUCUGCAGUGUUCUACCCCUAUUUAGCACUUUUUUUCUUUUUCUCUCUCUCCAUAGUUUGACUAGGACCUGCGACUUAGGCUACGUUCACACCACAGGCCAUUUUUCUAACAUUUUCAGGCAGAAUGGACAGUCCAAUUCCAAUUUGUAUCUGAUGCAUCCGUACACAUACAAACUAUGUGUCAAGUGAAAUACGUCACCAUCAUUCGACAAAACGAACACAUGCGAACCAGCAAUGGCAGAUAUAGGCGCAAAGACUUUUUUUUUUUUGAUAAUUAGGAUUGGCUGUCAUUGAAUGAUCAUAUUUUAGUGCCAUUGACGGUGAUAGAUGUUCAAUCCAUGUUUGAGUGGGAGACAUUUUUCCCCCCCGAAAUUUAAACACAAGUUUUAGUCCUUUAAAAAAAACACAUUUCUAAGCUUUUUUUUAAAAUCCGUAAAAAUUUUAAAGAAUUAGAAUUACAAUUUUAACUGGUCAAAAAAGUUAAAUGAAAAAUAUUGUGAAUAUUUGCUAUUAAGUCAUUCACUAACAUUGAUGGCACUAUGGCAUUAUGACUGGGAGGCUCGAAUGAAUGGUCAGUCAAAAUACAUUGGCACUAAUGGCAGCCAAUGACUUAAAUUUAUGAAACAACAUUAAAGCUGUUAGAACAGUCGGAAAAUUUUUAAUGUUUCCUCACUUAGUUGCUGUAUUGUAAGCAGUAAUGUGACAAAGCUACACUGUGGUCAAUAUAAAAACAAUUUUUAGAAAGAUUCUUUGUCUAUUUUUUGAUUUAAUAGUCCAUAAAUACGGUACUUGUCCAUAAUUUGACAUCAAUAAAUUACCAGCAAAACAUAUUGUAGUUAAGUUGAAAACUUUAUUUUUUGGUCAUUAUGUUUUUAAUAUUUUUUUUGUCUUGUCCAUUUUUUUAUAUUUUAUUUACCUAAGGAAGAGAUGAACAGUCAGAGGGUGAUUUUUAUUUAGAACUAUCAGGGUCAAGUUAAAAGAAGUGAUAGAUUAAAAAUCCCCCGUCCUCUACAAAUGCUUCCCGUCGUGCAGUUAAGAUCCGGUUUUUGGCGCGGGUGUCCAAAAAGACGUCGCUGGAAGACCGAAACGUUUUGUCCCGUAGUGGAACAAAAGGAAGAAGUUGAAGAGGAGCGUGGGAUUCGUCGUCAUCCGUUUGGAUUAAAAACAACAAAAAGUUCCUUCUUUUGGUGGGGCCGAUGAAAAAUAAAGGCAGAAGAAGAAGGAAGAGGAGUAGAAGGUGCGAGGAGAUUUUUUGUCCUGUCAGUCUAUUUUUUUGUAUGUUCAGUCAGCUCGGUUGUUGGCGAUCGGUCCCGCCGAUGUUUGAGUUUAGUUUCCGGGCGGAUGGAAGGAUGCCGGGUGCGUCUGAACCUGCAUUGCUGGGGGGUAAAAGAAUAAAAAUCAUUACACCUGAAUUUUGACAGCACUAGAAUUGGAGGACAUUUUGAAAAAUGAGCCUAGACUUUUCUGUUAUAAACCAUCAUAGUCUUGAUUAGCUCAAUAUACAUAUUAACAUUUUAUUACAUAAUUUCUUAAGUGUUUACAGAAUUUGGCAUAAAGUAAUAGGGUUGAAAAUGUUAGCCUA